UGGUUGUGUGGCAUUCAGGAUAUUCUCUUUGUGCAUGUGUGUGCGCACUUUCUCCUUGCAUGAAGCUCGAAAGCGUUUUGACAAGGCUUCCGUUGCAUAUGAACAGACACGUGAGAGGUUUAUGUCAUUGAGGAAGAGCACUAGGAUGGAUGUUGCUUCUGUCAUAGAGGAGGAAUUUCAUGCUGCUCGGGCUUCAUUUGAGCAAUCCCGCUUCAAUCUGCUCAGUACCCUCUGCAAUGUUGAGGCCAAAAAGAGGUUUGAGUUUUUGGAGGCUGUUAGUGGUAUGAUGGAUGCUCAUCUUCGAUACUUCAAACAGGGAUAUGAACUAUUGCAGCAGAUGGAGCCUUUUAUUCAUCAGGUUUUGGCUUAUUCACAACAGUCGAGAGAAAGAUCCAACUAUGAGCAGGAUUCACUCAGUGAAAGGAUGCAAGAGUACAAAAGGCAGAUUGAUCGAGAAUCUAGGCACUCCUUGAAUGUGUAUCACGUUUCUUCUAAUGGAGAUUAUAAUCAUGGUAUGCAACCUUAUACUAAGACAUCAAAUAAAGUGAUUGAGGCAGCAAUGCAAUCUGCUGCUCAGGGAAAGGUUCAAACCAUUCGACAAGGCUAUCUUUCAAAACGUUCCUCCAACUUGAGGGGUGACUGGAAGAGAAGGUUUUUUGUUCUUGAUAGUCGAGGGAUGCUGUAUUACUAUCGCAAACCAUGGAACUGGUCAUCUUCUGGGAGUCCAACUUCUGCACAGAGGAAUAGUUCCUCUGAAAACAGUUCUGGGAUUCUUAGUCGGUGGCUUUCUUCUCAUUACCAUGGUGGUGUACAUGAUGAAAAGUCCGUUGCACGUCAUACAGUGAACCUACUGACAUCAACAAUUAAGAUAGAUGCAGAUCAAACAGAUUUAAGGUUCUGCUUCAGGAUUAUUUCACCAUCUAAGAACUACACACUGCAGGCAGAGAAUGCACUGGACCAAAUGGACUGGAUUGAAAAAAUAACUAGCGUAAUUGCUUCCUUAUUGAGUUCCCAGCCUCCUGAGAAAAGUCUGUGUACUUCACCUUUGGGAAGCGAUUCUUAUGGCUUUACCAGCGAGAGUGAUUCUGAUUGUGAUCAGAAUACAUCGAAGAAAAUCCACUGUAAUAAUCAUUUACGUGAAUCUAGAAGUUUGCAACAAUACAAGUACAGUAUGAGAAAAGAGAAGCCAAUUGAUUUGCUCAGAAGGGUUUGUGGGAAUGACAAAUGUGCUGAUUGUGGUGCGCCUGAACCUGACUGGGCAUCCUUGAACCUUGGUAUUCUUAUAUGCAUUGAAUGCUCUGGUGUUCAUCGUAAUCUUGGUGUACAUAUAUCAAAGGUAAGAUCACUGAGGCUUGAUGUAAAAGUUUGGGACCCUCCGGUGCUUAAUUUGUUCAAGUCACUGGGCAAUGUUUAUGCAAACUCAAUCUGGGAGGAAUUAUUGCAAUCAAAAAUUUCUUUUCAGACUGAUGAAACGCGCAGAAGCCUUUCCAAAAUGGGUAGAAAGGACCUGUUGAAUAUGAAAAAACCCAGAAAUGAUGAUCCUAUUUCAGUAAAAGAGAAAUUCAUUCACUUAAAGUAUGCAGAGAAAGCCUUCGUUCGCAAGACAGACAAUCAUGAUCUCCUUUCAGUGGCAGCCCAGGUGUGGGGAAGUGUCCGUGCUAAUGACAAGAAAGCAGUUUACCGCCAUAUAGUCAGUUCUGAGGCAGAUGUCAAUGCUAUUAAUGGGCAAGCAUUAUUUAGUACGUCCAGAAGUCUGGCCAAAAUAAUGGAGUUAGAAGAACAGGAUAGUGUUGAGUCCAACUUAGAAUGUCUUGCAGGUGAUUCUUCUUUGGACAAGGCCUCCUCGAGUAAUUUGAGUUCACCACAAAGAAGUGAAGAUCAGUGCACAGGGCACAUUUCCGAGGACUGUUCUUUGCUUCACCUUGCCUGCCAAACUUCUGACAUCGGCAUGGUGGAGUUGCUAUUACAGUAUGGUGCAAACAUAAAUGCUUCUGAUUCAAAAGGUCGGACACCACUGCAUUAUUGUAGUGUCACUGGGAGAACUGCAAUUGCAAAAAUGCUUCUUGCAAGGGGAGCAAAUCCAAAAGCUGUUGACAGAGAAGAUAAUACCCCACUGAGUCUUGUAUCAGAAACAGAAUUCAACCGCGGUGUCCUUGCUCUCUUAACAGAGAAAAACAGAUGAUAGUAUAAUUGUGAACAACAUAUAAGAGACAAAAUGGAAAGAGAUUUUGUAUUAUACUACAUAAAAUUGAGAACUAGUUCCCUCUACAUGGAAGGGCCAAAAGUUGUCGGACUCAGGACAGAACUGGCCUACUAGGUCAUGUGUGUCUUUCCCCUUCAAAAGUGUAUAUUUAGUACAGUUUUCUGGUUGAGGGCUAAAUAGAAGAAAUUACUGUAUCUGCCUAGUGGAGUUUGCCAGGCUCUUGCAAUAAUUUUUCCCAAUAUAGGCUAUACUAGUCAGGAAAUUUGGAUGUUGUAGCAGCAAGUUAUAUUAUCUUGUAUAUAGUUCAGGUUUUAUA